AUGACUGUCGCCCACAAAGAACCCGAAUUGGGCUUCGCGACGCGAGCAAUCCACGUCGGUAGCCAGCCAGAUCCUGCCACUGGCGCUGUGAUUCCAUCGCUUUCCCUCGCGACUACCUACGCCCAAGCCAGCGUUGGAAACCCAGUCGGAGAGUAUGAGUAUACGCGAAGUGCAAAUCCCAACCGCGACGACUUCCAAUCCGCCAUCGCAGCUGUUGAAAAUGCCAAAUACGCGCUCGCCUUCUCAUCAGGAUCCACGACUACUGCCGUGAUCCUGCAGUCGUUGCCCAUCGGCUCCCAUGUCAUCUCCGUCUCGGACGUCUACGGAGGCACGCACCGCUACUUCACCAAAGUCGCCAACACCCACGGUGUAGAUGUCUCCUUUACGACCACAAUCGAGCAGGAUCUAGAAAGACUGAUACAGCGGGACCGCACAAAGCUGGUGUGGGUUGAAACUCCGUCUAACCCGACCCUUGGUCUAGUUGAUAUCGAAAACGUCGCGGCGAUUGCGCGCAAGUACGGGCUGCUCUUGGUGGUCGAUAAUACAUUCCUCAGUCCUUUUAUCCAGAACCCGCUGCAGCAUGGGGCUGAUAUUGUGGUUCACUCCGUAACCAAGUAUAUCAAUGGGCACUCGGAUGUCAUGAUGGGCGUCGCAGCCUUUAACUCAGACGAGCUCAAAGACCGCUUAACAUUUCUGCAAAACGCAAUCGGUGGCGUCCCGUCCCCGUUUGACUGCUGGCUCGCUCAGCGGGGUCUGAAGACAUUGCAUUUGCGCGUCCGGGAGUCAUCGCACAACGCAAAGAUAAUCGCGCAGGCACUCAGCGCAUCCGACUACGUGAUUUCAGUCCGAUACCCGGGCCUAAAGACACACCCGCAACACGCGAUCACGGUCAAGCAACAUCGGAACGCGAUGGGCGGGGGGAUGGUGAGUUUCCGGAUUCGCGGUGGACAGAAAGCAGCCCAUCUAUUCUGCAAGUAUACCCGAUUUUUCACCCUCGCGGAAAGCCUAGGUGGGGUUGAAUCUCUCUGUGAGGUUCCAGCUAGUAUGACCCAUGCGGGAAUUCCUCGUGAGGAGCGGGAGGUCUCGGGCGUUUUUGAUGAUCUGGUUCGGCUUAGCUGUGGGAUUGAGGAUGCGGAGGAUCUGAAACGCGAUGUGCUUCAGGCUGCGGAGAGGGCGGCGUUGGCGGUUCAAAAUGGCGGGGCUUAG